CUGAAAUUAGUACAUUUGUCAGACAUGUUGGGCACUACCAAAUCUGUAAUUCUCAUGACAUUGACCAUUUCCUCCUUUCUCUUCACAAUUUCUGAGCAAUAUUCCAAUUGCAGCCCCAUCAAUCCCAUGAACAUUACCAACUGCAAGAAACUAAUCACUCUGGGAGCUGAAUUUGGGUGGAAUAUUCACAGCAACAACCAAAUUGACAUCUUGUUCAGCAUUAAAAUUUCUGGUGAUCACAGAGCAAAAUGGCUAGCCUGGGGUGUGAACCCAGAUCCACACCGGCCGAAGAUGGUCGGGACCAGGGCUAUUAUAGGCAUUUCACAGCCCAAUGGGACAUUGGCAGUCAGGAAGUACAACAUCACCAGUGAUACAAGGCUGGGUUGUAGGCUGCAGCCUUCACAAGAUUUUGAUGAUGUCAUCGUCAAAACCAUGAAAGGUGAUAUGCAGGCUGACAAAUACAUGUCAAUAUUUGCAACCCUAAUUUUGCCUCCUGAUCCAGCUGCAUAUAACAUUUCAAAGCUGAACCAUGUGUGGCAAGUUGGGUUUGAAGCUGAUGCUGUUCAUCUGGAGCCUAAGAUGCAUUCCACUGCUCUCCAGAAUGUGGACAGCACAGAAACUCUGAACUUGACCUCUGCCCGCGGUAUUAGCAUAGGACAUCGCCGGCACCACCUCAGAAAGGUGCAUGGGAUUCUGAAUAUUGUGGGGUGGGGAACACUGUUGCCAUUGGGAGUGAUUAUAGCAAGGUACUACAGAAGAUAUCCUUUUCAUUGUCAAAAAUGGUAUGUCCUUCACGUCUCCUGCCAGAUUGUUGGUUACAGCCUUGGCACAGCUGGUUGGGCAAUCGGGCUAUGGCUUGGACAUGCUUCCAGACACUACAGCUUCCCCACUCACCGAAUUCUCGCCAUGUUCAUAUUUGCAUUCACCACAUUACAAAUGCUUGCCUUGCGUUUAAAGCCCACCCCAAGUGAUGACUACCGCAAGUACUGGGACAUGUACCAUCAUUUUCUAGGGUAUGCACUACUGGCUGUGAUCUCACUGAACAUAUUCAAUGGCAUUGCCAUCUUGAAGCCAGAUAAAACCUGGCUAUGGGCUUACAUCGGGGUCCUUUCUGUAUUUGCUGUCAUUGCGUUGGGUAUGGAGAUUUUUACUUGGGGUAAGUUCAUAUUUACAUCACGAAAAAAUAGACAACCCACCGCAGCAGUAUCUGCAGAUAAUAAUGCAGAAGCACCUCAAGCGUGGCAGGGCUCAGGCCCACAAUCAGAGGGCCCAGGUCCACAAUCAGAGGGCCCACAAGCUAAUAAAACUAGGAUUGCCAAUUAAUACGGUCGAGAUUUUUGUUUUUUUUUGUUUUUUUGUUAGAUUAUAUGGCCAAGUGUGAAGACACAUGAAUUUUAGUUCACAUGUACUCUUGUUAAUUGCUUGUUAACUAGUCUGUGUUUGUCCUCUCUUUUUUGAUUCCAUGUUCCAAUCUAGCUUGGACUUUGGAAUUAAAGAUUGGCUAAGAUCAUACUUGAUCUUGAUGUACUUCUUGAGCAACUCCUAUUUUAGGUUUUUUGGUUUUGACUUGAUUGUUAGAAACUUCACGUUGCCAAUUAAAUUAGUUUAUCUUGCUAUUUCUUUAA